UACAACUUGAAUUAAAACCUAAUGAAUUAGGUGAAUUUGGAAAAUUAUUAGCUGAAUGGCAAUCAAAUCAAUUAAAUACUAAAACAUUUGUUAAACAAACAGCUCGUUUAUAUGGUGAAUCACGACGAAAUCUUCUUGAUGGUUUACAUGACUUUUUACCGAUUAAUGAACAAACAUGGUUUCUUGAUUAUUUAAAUAAUCUUAAAUCAACACCAUCAUCAUUAUUUAGUAGUACGGAAUCAUUACAAGAUGUUCAAACUUUAUAA